CGACGCCGUAAUUAUUUUUCUGUAAUUGUUUUUCUUUCCCAGAAGGACCAGAGCGGGGUGGGGCGAGCGGUGCCGAGGGGCUGGAGCUCCCCACACUGAGUGGGCAGCGAGCCUUGCAGGGCCUGGUGUUUUCCCACUUUUCCACCGUGUGUUGAGGAUUUUGGGAUGGUCUAGGCUCUUGCUAUAGAACCUGCUGGGGGACUUCAUGCUGCAAGAAAUCAUGGAAAAUGGCAGCAGGAACCCCAACAGGAGCAGUGUGUGCUCCUGCAUUCCUUGCUCCCAGAGAGCAGGUUCCCAUCCAUCCACGUGCUGAGGAACCGUCAGUCCUGUCACAACAACGGGGAAACAGGAGUCUGUGAGGGGUGUCCCGGGAGGGCUGGAGCCCCCCAGCCAUGGCCUGGCCCUUCCCUGCUGCCCAUUCUCUGUUUUGGGGGGAUUUCUGCUGCUUCCCUUCAGGCAGCGACUGGAGCCGGACCCUGCGCUCUGUGCAGCACCUCCCUCCUCUCCAGGGGGCGGGAAAGGGGCUGGAGAAGGGAGUACCGGGCUGGGAGAAGGUGCAGAGCUGGGAAAGUGGGUCCCGAGCCGGGGCAGGUGGUCCUGGCCCAGGCGGAGCGGGGGGACCUUCGGGGGUGCUCGCUCCACACGGCAGCGGCAGAAACAGGUUUUCGGGGGAAAAAGCCCAACCCCUGUGGGGACGGGCCGGUGUCCCGGGGGAUGGAUGCCUGGAGCCGGCCGGUGUCCCAUGGGAUGGAUGGCGGGGCCAUGCCGGUGUCCCAUGGGAUGGAUGUGCGGGGCCGUGCCGGUGUCCUAUGGGAUGCGGGGGGCCGUGCCGGUGUCCCAUGGGAUGGAUGCCCGGAGCCGGCCGGUGUCCCAUGGGAUGGAUGUGCGGGGCCGUGCCGGUGUCCUAUGGGAUACGGGGGGCCGUGCCGGUGUCCCAUGGGAUGGAUGGCGGGGCCGUGCCGGUGUCCCAUGGGAUGGAUGCCCGGAGCCGGCCGGUGUCCCAUGGGAUGGAUGUGCGGGGCCGUGCCGGUGUCCUAUAGGAUGCGGGGGGCCGUGCCGGUGUCCCAUGGGAUGGAUGGCGGGGCCGUGCCCGUGUCCUAUGGGAUGGAUGUGCGGGGCCGUGCCCGUGUCCUAUGGGAUGGAUUUGCGGGGCCGUGCCGGUGUCCUAUGGGAUGCGGGGGGCCGUGCCGGUGUCCUAUGGGAUGGAUGUGCGGGGCCGUGCCGGUGUCCUAUGGGAUGCGGGGGGCCGUGCCGGUGUCCUAUGGGAUGGAUGUGCGGGGCCGUGCCCGUGUCCUAUGGGAUGGAUGUGCGGGGCCGUGCCGGCGCCGGGGCGGGGAAGCGCCGCGUCCCCUGCACGGGGCAGCGCGGGGGCGGCGCGGGCGGGGCGGGGAGAGCGCGGGGAGCCGGUCCCGGAGAGCGGCGGGGCCGCACCGCACCAUGCCGGGGGUGCCGGGGCCGCGGGGCCGCCUCCCGCCGCUGCUGCUGCUGCUGCUGCCGCUGCUGCUGCCGCUCCCGGCCGCGCCGGCCGCCCAGAGCUGCCUCAGCAGGCAGCAGCUCCUGGCCGCCAUCCGGCAGAUGCAGCAGCUGCUGAAGGGGCAGGAGACGCGUUUUUCCGAGGGGCUCCGUGUCAUGAGGAGCCGGCUCAGCUCCCUCCACUCCACCCUGGCCAAGGCAGCUCCAGAGGCACCCACCGUCUCCUGUCCUGCCCUCCAAGCCCCCACGGAUGGGAGGAAGUUCGGCACCAAGUACUUGGUGGAGCACGAGGUUCACUUCACCUGCGACCCGGGUUUCCAGCUCCUGGGCUCCAGCACACGGAUGUGCCAGGCCAACGGCACCUGGAGCGGGCAGGAGCCCCGCUGUGAAGAGAUCAGCGAGUGCUCGAGCAGCCCCUGCCAGAACGGCGGGACGUGCCUGGAGGGGCUCAACCAGUUCAGGUGCCUCUGCCCCCAGCAGUGGACUGGGGCCACCUGCCAGCACCGGGCUCAGACGGCUCCUCCCGCCUGGAGCGUGACGGACGAUCCCGCGUUCAGCCGCCAGCCCCGCUGUGCCCAGGUGGCCCAGGCCCAGCAGUGCAGCUGCGAUCCCGGCUUCCACAUGAACGGAACGGCCGCCAACGGGCUCUGCCAGGACCUCAACGAGUGUGAGGUGUUCCAGCGGGACGGGGGUCCCCGGCUCUGUGCCCAUUCCUGUGUCAACCUUCCCGGCUCCUUCCGCUGCUCCUGCCCCUCCGGAUACAUCCUCCUGGGAGACGGCAAGAGCUGCGAAGACAUCGACGAGUGUUCCCUCUCCCAGGAUAACUGCACGGGCGGGAGCACCUGCAUCAACACCGGGGGGGGGUUCCAGUGUGUCACCCCCCGGUGCCCCCCUGCCGUCGGGAACGUCUCCUACGUCAAAACCUCCCCCUUCCAGUGCGAGCGCAACCCCUGCCCGAUGGAGAGCCGGUCGUGCCACCACGCUCCCAAAACCAUCUCCUUCCACUACCUGCCGCUGCCCUCCCGGCUCGUGGCUCCCACGCCGCUGUUCCGCAUGGCCACGGCGGCGGCUCCCGGCCGGCCGGGCCCCGACAGCCUCCGCUUCGGGAUCGCGGGCGGGAACAGCCGCGGGCACUUCGUGGUGCAGCGCUCGGACCGGCACACCGGGGAGCUCAUCCUGGUGCAGAGCCUGCAGGGCCCCCAGACCGUCCAGGUGGACGUGGACAUGUCCGAGUACCUGGACCGGGUCUUCCAGGCCAAGCACUUGUCCAAAAUCACCCUCUUUGUCUCCGCCUAUGAGUUUUAGGGGAGGCGGCGGCGGCACUGGCGGCUCCCGGGCCCCGCUCAGCGUCCUGUCCUGAGGUGCUUCCCAGGUGGAUUGACACCUGCCUGUGUGCAGGAGGAAAACCCAAACGAGGUGGAAAAGAAGCGGGAAGUGGGGCUCCGUCCUCACCCCCAGCUCAGGAGGGAUGAUGUCCUACAGCCACCUGAUUUCCUUAGGAUUCCUGCUCUUUCCUUUAGGAAGGCAGUGAAGCAGAGCACGUGGGAGGAGGGAGGCUCCUGGCCUUUCCCGCUCUCCUCCCCGCUGGCCUGGGCUUGCUUGGACCCCGGCUCCCUAAAAACAUGCCUCUGCUUCCCUUUGGAUGCUUAGAAUCUCCCUGGAGCCUGCUGGGGAUUGAGGUCCAUGGCCUUUAUCCCCUGGGAUUGAUCAGGGCUGGAAAACUCCACAAACAUCCACCUGGUUGGCUCCUGGUGCCCCCCUUGGCAAGCUGGGCAAAGGAGGAAUCCCAGCGCUAUCCCUGCUCCUUAAACCUCCCCAGUGGGAAUCCCCUAUGGAUCUCCCUCGCCGUGACCUCCCGGCUGCGUGUGGAGAUGGGAAUAUUCCCUGCUCCACCAGCCACACCUUCCAUCCUGGUGUAGGAGCGCUGGGAAGAGCUGGGAUUCGGCUCUUCCCAGGGGGAUUCAUCCCCCUGCUUGUGCAUGUUCUCCUGACAUUCUGCAUGUUCCCACAUUCCGCUGGAUUUAGCACAAUUAAAGGAUGAUAUAAAGGAUG